UCUUCUCUUUGACAGGAACAGCACAAUGUGGUGUUUCAGCUUGCUCCUCUUCUGCGGUUGGCUGCCCUGGUUGAUGCAGGCAAAUUCUGGUGUGAAUGAGUGCAGUGACAGCACCACAUGCCCAGCUUACGCCACCUGCACCGACACUGCGGAAAGUUACUACUGCACUUGCAAACGAGGCUUCCUGUCCAGCAGCGGACUGAACCAGUUCACAGGCCCAGGCGUGGAAUGCAAUGAUAUAGAUGAAUGUUCUCUAAACUCCUCACAAUGUGGCCCUAACUCAGUCUGCAAAAACAUGCCGGGAAGAUACAAGUGCAGCUGCUUGCCUGGCUUUUCUUCUCCCACUGGUAAUAACUGGAGCCCGGGCAAGCCAGGUCAUUUCUCUUGUACAGACAUUGAUGAAUGCCUCAACAGUAGGCUCUGCCCAGAGCAUUCUGAGUGUGUCAGCUCUUUGGGAGGCAGCCAUUGCCAGUGUCAAGAUGGAUUUGUCUUCAUCAACUCCCUUUGUAAAGAUGUGGAUGAAUGUGCCAAUCCCAGAGCUUGCCCGGAGAACACGACUUGCCAUAACAGUCUUGGAAGCUAUUCUUGUGUCUGCAACCCAGGAUUUGAAUCCAGCACUGGAAACAUAAGUUUCCAUGGCCCUGGAGGGACAUGUAAAGAUGUGGAUGAAUGUUCCAGAAACUUGACUCUUUGUGGUCCUAAUUCCGUCUGCACGAACAUCCCGGGAGAAUAUCGUUGCUCCUGCCUGCCCGGGUUCAUUUCACCUGAUUUUUGGAGCCCCAAGCAACCAGAGGCUUUCAAAUGUACAGCGGUUCCUUUCAAGUGUAAAGAAGACAUGAUACCCAACAAUGAACAGGUCCAGCGGUGCCAAGUGGGUGCAGCAUUGGGGUCUGAAUAUGUUCCAUUUUGUGCACUGAUGAAUGCCACCUUCAGCAUCCUGGAUGGGGCCUGUGCAAAGAAUACCACCAUCGUUUCCCUGGAGAGAACGGCUGAGAAAUUUGCCUCUGUGAUUGAAAAAUUGUCCAACUGGUCCAGCCUUACCAAAGAUGAGACAUCCACCGUGGGCACAGUCUUACUGGAGAGCGUGGAAAGCACUGUGUUGGCAGCUUUUCUGAAACCCUCAGCAAAUAGUAGUCAGACUAUUCGGACGGAAUUCUUGGAUAUUGAGAGCAAAGUUAUCGAGGACGAGUGCACCGAAGAGAACAUGGUCUUUAACAUGAAAGCCGGAGGGAACGAGAUGAAGAUUGGCUGUUCCACAAUUAAGGAAUCUAAAUCUACAGGGACCACUGGGGUAGCUUUAGUCUCCUUUGCAAGUAUGGAGUCUGUUUUGGAUGAGAGCUUCUUCCAAGACACUCAGAAUCCCUUGGCUAACUCCAAGAGGAAGCUGAAGAUGAAUUCUCGUGUUGUCGCGGGCAUCAUGACAGGGGAGAAGAAAGGCGGGUUCUCUGACCCAGUCAUCUACACUGUGGAAAACAUUGAGCCAAAGCAGAAGUUUGAGAGGCCCAUCUGUGUUUCCUGGAGCACAGACAUGGGGGGCGGCAGGUGGACGCCGUCUGGCUGCAUGGUCCGUGAAGUCUCUGAGACCUAUACUGUCUGCAGCUGUAAUCGAAUGGUGAACCUGGCCAUCAUCAUGGCUUCUGGGGAGCUCACGAUGGAGUUCUCUUUGUACAUCAUCAACCAUGUGGGCAUGAUCAUCUCCCUGGUGUGUCUCAUCUUGGCCAUCGCCACCUUCCUGCUGUGUCGUGCCAUUCGUAACCACAACACCUACCUUCACCUGCACCUCUGCGUGUGCCUCUUCUUGGCCAAGAUUCUCUUCCUCACUGGUGUAGACAAAACCGACAACCAGAUCGGCUGCGCCGUCAUCGCAGGCUUUCUUCAUUACCUUUUCCUCGCCUGCUUUUUCUGGAUGCUGGUGGAGGCUGUGAUGCUCUUUCUUAUGGUCAGGAACCUGAAGGUGGUGAAUUACUUCAGCUCUCGCAACAUCAAGAUGCUGCACCUCUGUGUCUUUGGCUACGGGAUCCCUGGGCUGGUGGUGGUUGUCUCUGCCAGCGUGCAGCCACAGGGCUAUGGGAUGCAUAAUCGCUGCUGGCUGAACACGGAGACAGGGUUCAUCUGGAGUUUCCUGGGGCCAGUGUGCACAAUCAUAAUGAUCAAUUUCAUUCUCCUGACUUGGACAUUAUGGAUCCUGAGGCAGAAACUUUCCAGUGUCAAUGCUGAAGUCUCAACUCUCAAAGACACCAGAUUGCUGACAUUCAAAGCCUUUGCCCAACUCUUCGUCUUGGGGUGCUCCUGGGUAUUGGGCAUUUUCCAGAUUGGACCUAUGGCUAAAGUCAUGGCCUACCUGUUCACUGUCAUCAACAGCCUGCAGGGGGCCUUCAUCUUUUUUAUUCAUUGUCUGCUCAACCGCCAGGUACGUGAAGAAUACAGGAGGUGGAUCACCAGAAAGACCAAACCCAGCUCCCAGUCCCAGACCUCAGGGAUCUUGCUGUCAUCAAUCCCCUCCACUUCCAAAAUGGGUUAAAGCCCUUUCUUGCUUUUCAAAUAUGCUAUGGAGCAACAUUCAAGGCAAGCAGGUGCUUGCAGGAGCCUACAGUGAAUUCUUCUCUUUCUGGCUUAAUGUGGAAAUACAGGAUCCCACUAGCCCCAGAACUCUCUGGGCAAUUUGGAGCAUGGAUGGGAAAGGCAGUCUUCUCAUGGUUUUGUGCACUGGGGAGAAACAAGAAUUUUUUUCUAGAUGACUAUUUCAUCUUCCAUGUUUUACAACUCUGACUUUCCAGAGUUUUGUGAAAAUAACAGAUCUUGGUGCAAUGGCAUGUGCAAGAUAACCUGGCUACCAUUUUGUUUUUUUCCUGAAUUUAUUGGUACAUGUCUCUAGGCAUGCCUCUCCAGUGCCUGUUAUGUACCUGAUAUAGCAACACUCAGUAAAUAAUGUGUCAUCUGAC